UGUAACCCGGAACCACUUCAAAUUUUCAACCACUCACAGCCAUUCAUUCGCCGAGGACCGUCGCGCAUACUGUCAGCUAUUAACGUAGAGUCGCUAUCUUUAAACCGGCUGAAUCAGCCCUUUUCCUCCCAGCAUGGCUGCAGACUUGAUGGAGAUUGACGACUCACUUUACAGCCGCCAGAGAUAUGUGCUUGGAGACGGUGCCAUGCAGCAGAUGGCCCAGUCCUCUGUCUUUCUUAGUGGAAUGGGAGCACUGGGAGUGGAGAUAGCCAAGAAUAUAACUCUGGCAGGUGUGAAGACGGUUACUCUCCAUGACACGAAACUGUGUGAGACUUGGGAUCUGGGGUGUAACUUCUUCAUCCGUAGAGAUGACGUAUUGAACCAGAGGAAGAGGGUGGAAGCAGUGUGCCCUCGUGUUGGGGAGUUGAACCCUUAUGUUCAUGUUGACAUGUCCUCCUGUCCCCUGGAUGACAACAUUGACCUGAGUUUUCUCAAAAAGUAUCAGUGUGUGAUUUUGACAGAGUCCAGCUUGAGCCUGCAGAAGAGAAUAAAUAAGUUCUGCCACUCCCAGCAGCCUCCCAUAAGAUUUAUCUCUAGUGACGCUUAUGGAAUCUGUGUCCGGGUCUUUUGUGAUUUCGGAGAAGCGUUUGAGGUCUCGGAUCCCACAGGGGAGGAGCUCAAGGAGAUUUUCAUCCAAAGUAUCACUCAGGACAAUUCUGGGGUGGUUACUUGCAUAGACAACCAACCCCAUGGUCUGCAGACGGGCCAGAGCGUUAUCUUUAGAGAAAUCAAUGGCAUGGUGGAGCUCAAUGGCACCACACGGCAGGUUUCAGUCAUUUCCUCCCAUAGCUUUGAAAUAGGAGACACGUCGCACUUCCAGCCAUAUGAACACGGAGGCUUCUUUGUUAUGGUUAAAACUCCUCAGAUUUACAAAUUUGAAACAUUAGAACAGCAGCUGUGUGAUCCUCAGGUCCUAAUUCCAGAUCUCAGUAAACCAGAGGCUCCGUUACACAUUCAUGCAGCCAUGCUGGCACUAGAUGCCUUCCAGGAAAAGCACGGCAGACUUCCCAACAUUGGAUGUUUAGAGGACGCCGAGGCUCUACUAAAGCUAACCGAGGAAGUCAGUGUCACUCAUAAGAACAAACUUCCUGUGAACGCUGAGUUGGUGCGCUGCAUGUCUAAAACAGCCAGAGGGACUCUUCCACCUCUAGCUGCAGCAGCUGGAGGAAUAGCCAGUCAGGAAGUUUUAAAGGCCAUCACUGGAAAGUUUGGGCCUCUGCAGCAAUGGUUUUAUCUUGAUGCUCUGGAGGUAGUCCGGCCUCUUCAGUCCCUGUCUGCUGAGGAGUUCUUCCCCAGAGGCGAUCGAUAUGACGGAUUACGAGCGUGCAUCGGAGAAUCAAUGUUGCUUGAACUGCACAAGCUCAGGGUCUUCAUGGUUGGUUGUGGUGCCAUAGGUUGCGAGAUGCUAAAAAAUUUUGCUCUUCUUGGAGUGGGCCUGGCUAAAAGCUUAGGAGAGGUGUGCAUCACAGACCCAGACCUGAUAGAAAAGUCCAACCUUAACAGGCAGUUUCUCUUCAGACCGCAUCAUAUCCAGACACCAAAGAGCACCACAGCAGCAGAAGCAACGCGUGAAAUCAACCCAGAGCUGCAGAUAGAUGCCCACUUAAACAAAGUGUGCCCGGCUACCGAGAGCAUCUACAGCGACUCCUUCUAUUCUUCGCUGAACGUUGUGGUCACUGCGCUGGACAACGUGGAGGCACGGAGAUAUGUGGACAGCCGCUGCUUGUGCAAUCAGAGACCCCUCCUGGAUUCUGGCACCAUGGGGACAAAAGGACACACCGAGAUCAUUGUGCCAUACCUGACAGAGUCCUACAACAGCCAUAGGGACCCCCCCGAAGAGGAGAUCCCCUUCUGCACUCUCAAGUCCUUUCCCUCUGUUAUAGAGCACACAAUUCAGUGGGCCCGAGACAAGUUUGAGAGUGCCUUUUUCCACAAACCCUCCAUGUACAACUCCUUCUGGCAGACGCAUGUCUCAGCUGAAGCGGUGCUGCAGAGAAUGCAGGUGGGGGAAAGUAUGGAGGGGGCCUUCCAGGUCGUUAAGCUGUUAAGCAGAAGGCCUAGUCACUGGGAACAGUGCGUCAUCAUCGCCCGUUUAAAAUUUGAAAAGUAUUUUAAGAGAAAGGCUCUACAGCUGUUGCACUCCUUUCCUCUGGAUACAAGGUUAAAAGAUGGAAGUUUGUUUUGGCAGUCCCCAAAAAGACCCCCAACUCCAACCGAGUUUGACCUAAAGGACCCUUUGCACUUCACUUUCAUUGUCAGCGCCGCCCGGCUUUUUGCUGAGAUUUAUAACAUCCCUUUCUCAGAAAAGGAUCUCUCCGAGGAUGCCGUGUCAAAGAUCCUCUCCGAUGUCAAGAUCCCCGAGUACAGACCCUUAGAGAAAAGUAUAGUGACCGAUGAGACUGCAAAGAAGCCCGACCAGAUGAAGAUGCCUUUAAGCAGCGAAGAGGAGAGGGAAGCCAUCGCACAGCUGGAAGAGGCCAUUUCUACUGACGGCGUCACACCAGAGUCGUUACGAAUGAACCCCCUCCAGUUUGAAAAAGACAACGACAGAAACGGCCAUAUUGAUUUUGUCACAUCGGCGUCCUCCCUCAGAGCCAGGAUGUACUCCAUAGAGCCGGCUGACAGGCUGAAGACUAAACGCAUCGCUGGAAAGAUCAUUCCCGCCAUCGCCACAGCAACAGCUGCUGUGUCUGGACUGGUUGCACUGGAAUUAGUCAAGGUUGUUGGAGGUUAUGGGUUUGAAUCCUUCAAGAACUGUUUCUUCAACUUGGCCAUUCCAGUCGUGGUGCUCAGUGAGACUGCUCCUGUUAAACGGACGGUCAUCAGGAACAACCUCUCCUUCACCAUUUGGGAUUGUUGGACCAUAUUUGGCCAUGAGGACUUCACUCUGUCUGACUUCAUGAACGCAGUCAGGGAAAAGUAUACGAUUGAACCUACCAUGGUGGUCCAUGGUGUGAAGAUGCUGUAUGUGCCUGUGAUGCCCGGACAUUCAAAGAGGCUCAAACUGACGAUGCAGAAGCUUAUCAAGCCAUCAGUUGACCGCCGCUACGUUGACCUUACCGUCUCUUUUGCUCCGGAAGCAGACGGAGACGAGGAUCUUCCAGGUCCUCCUGUCAGGUACUACUUCAGCCCCGAUGGGAAGGCGCCCUGACCGCUUGCAUGAUGUCAUCUCCAAGCCUCCUGUGUCCUUAUUCCCCCCUUAAUUUUUACAUAAACUGAUAUGCCCCAAGAAUGCAAGUCCAGGGCCAAGGGUUUUCCCACAGGAAGUUGUGGGACCGGGUCAGAGCUCUGAGCCCCAGCACAACCCCUGCGAGAAAGGUUUAGGUUCUUUUUGCCUCACAUCUAGCCAGUGAAACACAAAAGGCUGCUCAAGUAGCACUUACUGUUGUACCUUUUGUACAUAUGUUCUCCCCGUUCUGUUUUUUACACUCUGGUGAAACGCUUGUGCCGAUGCCUUACUUCUUUUUUUUUUUUUUUUUUUUUUCUGUUUGCGGCUCUAAGCCUAAAUAUAACUGUUUACAGAAAGCUCACAUCCUCCCACUCACAGCCCAUUUUUCACUUUAAUUUUAAAUUCUGCUCGAGCCCAAACGACUCUGUGAGCGGGGCUGUUGACACAAUAAACACCGAUAGUUGGCAGUCACCACAUAUUUUUGUUUUUUUUCCCCUGAAUUUUUCCAGUUAAGGAACAAACCCAGCUGUUGUGUAUUUGAACGGUUCAGCAUUAAAGCAGUGGCAAAACCACCAAAGAUGUUGGUUAUUAUUGUGUCUUCUAAUGAUUGUUCUUUAAGCUCUGACUGCCUCACAAAAGACGAGUCUACGUCAAUGGCGAUGGAUAACACCUGAACAUUUUAAGAUUUCUAUAGAAAAGCAGCAGUUUUAUCACUUUGCACCUAAAAAUAUGCAUCUGAUGGAUGAAGUUUUUGAUAAGUAGGACCAUCAGUAGCUGCUAGCCUUACCCAGUUUUUUUUUUUUACUUGAGUAACAAUUGCAUUUGACAUAUUUUGAUGUUGUGCAUUAUUAAUUUGUUUCGCACAAGAAAAAACCUUAUUUUGACAGCAAGCAACAUUUGUACCAACAUCUGGGAACAUUUAUUUCACCAACAUUUUCUAUUUUAAAUCCCUGUUCUUCGUGGUUUAUUUGACAUAUUUGUUUAUAAGUUCAUGUCUGUGACAUUUAUUUAUUUGUUCUUUUUGUUUUUUCAAAUGGAGCCUGCGUUGAUGCCCUCUGUCAUGGUGUACUGGUUUGUUGUUAAUGAAUAGUGUCAAUUCAGGCAAAUCAAUUGUCCUUUAAAUUCCACUCCAAUGUUGUAAAAGGGUCUUUGAGCUAAUCUGUAUUCUACUGUCUUGACAAAAUGUUCAUGGAGUUUUGAAUGAAAUCAAUAAACUCUGUACUUCUCUUGAUUUUAAAGA